AUGCCGGCAGAACAGUCAAACCUAUAUUCCCAGGCCUUCAAUUUCGGCAACCUAGCGGAGCACAGUGUCGACCCCCGUACAGGUCAAUACAACUGUGUUAUCCACCUAUACCAGGCCCCAGCAGAGAUUCGCAACUGUCCCCAUUUCGAUCUCUCUCUACGUUUUGACUCAAUAAGCCUCGAGGACAUUGGCUUUGGAAAAGGGUGGUCUCUGAAUCUAUCAAAGUAUAAGCACCGUCAGUCAAGGACGCUCUCCCUGGUCACGGGUGAGCAUUACCAGGUUGAGGAGACAAAGUCGAGCCUGGCGGUGAAAGAUCAGAAAUUGAGAAGCUUUCUGUUCGAAAAGAGCGGCGAUAAUUACUGCGUUAUUCAUAAAUCUGGAGACAUGGAAAUUCUGUCUAACGAAGGCGACACUUUCAACGUUACGGUCCCUGUAAAGUUAUUUGCUGCCAACGGUCGGUCCCUGGAUCUUGAAUGGACCAGCUUUGGCGAGACCCCUCGAUUGUCUCAAGUCAAAGAGGGUACAGAGGUUCUGCUCGAGAUCGAUUAUUCGGAUUUCGAGGUUGAUGUGGUUAUAUCUCCUGAUGCUUCAGCAAAAAUCAUCACCAGACUAAUUCGAGAGGGCGAAAAUGUAUUGACGGAGCUGAAACUACCGUCGGAUAGUGAUUUUGCUGCAUCUCCCUCGUGGAAGUUUGAGUACGAGCACAGUGGGGCAUUCCUUUUGAUUCGUCAACUGACCAGCCCAGCUGGACUUGUGGAGGAGCUGUCCUAUCGGCACGAUGGCCAUCGACUACCAAAGGGAGCUCCCAGGACCCGGAUACCGUACGUGAUAAGUCAAACCUUGCAUCCUGGAAAGCAUCAACCCGAGAUGACUACGACAUACGAAUAUUCUGAUUUGAAUUUCCUCGGCUAUGGGGGCGUGAACGACUGGGAUCCCAACGGGGAUAAUCUCUUCAAUGCUCGCGCAAAAUAUCAGUACACUUCCACGGUCCAGGUGGAAGGCGGGGCAGAGGUCACCUACACAUAUAACAAAUUCCAUUUGAUGGUUUCUUCCCGCCGACAGCAAGACACAAAGUCCGUGACGCAGAGAACGGAGUAUUACGCACUAGAGGAGGAAUCAUUUGAGAACCAACCUGCCCAGUAUCAGCUCCCGAAAACGGUGGAGAUAACUUACGAAGACUCUGCCAUCAAGGGCGCGUUGAGAACAGAGAAGACGCACUACUCGUUCGACGUAUGGGGUAACCCGACCGAGACCGUGGAGAAGAAUGGAGCCAAGACGAUUCGAGAGUAUUACCCUGAGGAUGGGGAGAGAGGGCUUUGCCCAGCUGAUCCCCGAGGCUUCAGGCGCUAUCUGAAAAAGAUAUCACGCACGCCAGCAGCAGAUGGGUUGACAAAAAACAAGGAAUUUCGUUACACACAAUUGCAAACGGCCCAAGAUGCAAAAGGAGACAAAUACUUCGUUGUUGUCUGUCAGGAGGCAUCCUAUGAAGGCGAUCAGAUACUUUCACGCUCAGAAUAUAGCCAUGUCAAUGAUACUGGGUCUAGAGAUCAUGGCUCUAUUCAAGCGCAAGUUUCUUGGAUGGGUGGGCAGCACGAAAUGACAAAGGAUAAGGUACGGGAGUAUCCGGACGGUAAAACCUGCAAAGAGACCGUUACAAGUACCAGCUUUGAAGGUCAUGUUGUCAGUGUUGAAACCUCUACCUGCCUUUACACCGGUAGGGUUCUUCACAGCAAAGAUCAGCAUGGGACCGAAACAGUGUUUCGAUAUGACAGUUUGGGCAGCCUUGUUGAAGAAACAGUGGCGCCGGCGACGGCAUACGAAGCAAGUCGGAAGAGCAAGUAUCUUGUAGACGAAGACGGUGUCAUAUAUGGAGUCACCAAGACGGAUGUAAAAGGCAUUCAAACCAGGUUUAUCACCGACGGUAUGGAAAGAGUCGUCCAGAUGGAAAAACAAGAUGUUGCUCAACAUGACACUUCAGCUGCGAAGAGUAUGUUCCGGGUCAUGCAAAAGAAUUCCUACAACGCAAUCGGACAACGUGUUCAAGUUGACAAGAUGGACUGGCUCAUUCAGGAUCAUGAGAGUACACCCCAAGAGAUCCUAACAGUGGAACGGACCGAGUAUGACGACUGGGGGACAGUUUGCCGAUAUGUAGACUCCACAGGCGUUGUACAUCUCGCCGUAAAGGAUCCGAUAACCAUGACGCAAAAGACCGGCAUUCCGGGCAAGGGGAUGGUGGAGACCAAGUUCAACAUUUCCGGAAAGCCCAUUGAGACCCUGAUGCGCAGAUCAGAUGGAGCAAUCCACGGAAAGACCAACUACAGAUAUGAUGGCUGGGAUCGCCUUAUCGAGCAAAAGGAUUCGUUAGACCGCAUCACGAGAUACACCUACGACAGCUUCGAUCGAGUCGUUGAGACACUGGGGCCUGAUGGCAGCAUCUCUAGAACACACUACGCCUCCCGUAGCACGGCUUCUCUUCCAACAAGGAUGGAAAUCGACCAAAGGGUUCUCGGCCAGCAGGACUAUGAUGGCCUUGCGAGGUUAACGAGCAAGACGGCUGCAAAGCGAACCUCGGUGGCCAUCUAUGACUCAGGGAGUCCGAAUCCCACGAACAUCACGACAGCCAACGGAGAUCAUCAUACCUUUUCCUAUGAUCCUGCCCUAAAUCAUGCUCUGGUAAACACCAAGAGCGACGACGGUGAAGUGAAGUUUGAGCACGAUAAGCAGACGGGGGCAAUACUCCGACUUGAAAGCAAGACCUCCACCAUGAAGCGGAUAUAUUCACCAUCAGGUUUCCUUGCGCAGGAAAUAUUUGAGAAGCCAGAUGGAAUAAUUCUAUCUGCUUCGUCAACAUACUCCCUGGCCGGACUCCCUUGCUCCUAUGUAGAUGUACAUGGUCACAAGCGCGAAAUACAGUAUGACAGACACGGCAGAGUAAUACAGCUCGCUCAAGCAACGGUCAGGGUUGAGCUCAAGUACAACGGAGAAAGUUUGGUUUCUGAAACCAGCAUCCGAGACGAUGACGAAGAAGGAGGAGGAGACCAAGGCUUACAGAUUCAGGUGGUCUACGAUGAUUUCGGCCACGAGGUUGAGCGAUGCAUCCGCCGUGAGAGUGACGGUUCUAUCAUCUAUCGGAUACGACGGACGUUCAACGUCGCGAGCUUGAUGAUCAAGCGCGUAGUGGAAGAUGACCAAGGCCGUGUGUUACGAGAUGAGACCUUUGUAUAUGACAUGCGAGAUCGUUUGAUAGACUAUGACUGCCAAGGGUCACAGCCAGCACAAGAUGAAAACGGAUGGAAACUACGCAAGCAGUCUUUCGGCUUUGAUGGCUUCAAUAACCUCGUCGAGAUUUACACGCUCUCUGACCGUGGUUCCGAGAACACCAAGCACUACUUGUAUGAUCUAGAAGAUCCAACAAGACUUACUAGAAUCACCAACGCUCACAAGGACCUCCCUGAGGUUAUUGAUCUUUUAUACGACGAUAAUGGCUGCUUGAUUGGCGACGAAGAGCAACGUAGGCUUCAGUAUGACACAUACAAGCGAUUGAGUGCCGUCUAUGAUUCUGCCGGUCAACUCAUGUGUCGAUAUCACUACGAUGCUCUCGGUCAGCUCAUCCGUCAAGAGGCACCGGGCAAGCCGGACACCGAAUUACACUACCAUGACGGGGCUCUCAUCGCUACCAGUCAAGGCGGCUCCAAGACGAGCUACAUCACAGAUGGUCACGUAUACUGGGGGGAGGUUGUCCAAGAGGGCCAUCAGAAGUCCCAGAUUCAACUCUGGGCUCCUGAUUCGAACCAGUCCGUUCUAGCCACUGUACGAAGCGGUGAUGACGGUCCGGUCGAGCAUCAUGGGUACACUCCCUAUGGACUCAGUACAGGAUCCUCACCCUCCAUCGGAUUCAACGGCCAGUGGCGCGACCCCAUAACAGGAUGGUAUCACCUUGGUAACGGCUACCGCGUGUACAGCCCGGCCCUGAUGCGCUUCCAUGCCCCCGAUUCCUGGAGCCCGUUCGUCUCCCACGAGAUCAAUCCUUACACGUACUGUCGCGGCGAUCCUAUUAACAACAGCGACCCGAGUGGCCACAUGACAGUGACGGGCCGAGACGCGGUCAUCAUGGCUGUGGGAUUUGGCGUUUCAAUCUUGGCUGGACUUUUGACAGCGAGCGCCGGUUUCGCUGUGGAGUUGGGCGUGUCAAUUGCCGUGGGUGCCGCCUCCGACACAAUCACAGGAGCUGUAUAUGAUCACCUCGCAGGCCCACCUACGAUGGAUGCCUCGACGAUGUCGGCUGGAGCCAAUUCUUCUUCCUCAACCCAGAGUAGCAUCGCCAGUGAAUUGGUUCUGGGUGCUAUCGUGACACUGAUAGGUGCUGCGCUUGGUAUGGGUAUGAUCCGAGUCGUGAAGAGGAUCCCGAACCGCACGAAGGCGGGCGUGACACGGAAAUUCAGCAUUCUGUCAACUCCAGAACUGGCAGCCGUGGAUAGUCUACCUGUGCGGGAUAUAGGGUUUUCUCAAAGCUCUAUAAGCACAAUAAUGAGGUCAAGAACUGGCGAUGAGAUCAGUGUUGCCCAGAACGCCAUGGACUUGGCAAACCAAAGCCUUCAGAACGUCCGCAACGCUAUUGCGGAUUUCCCUAUCCUGGAAGUUGUCAAGGUGCGGGUCACCACAAAUGGCGUUUCUGAAAUCAAGUAUUUGUCCGUUCACAAUCGUCGCCUUGCGGUAUUCAAGCACGCAUUACACGGCAUUAGCGAAGACCAGGUACCGGUCAGGGUGUUAAGAAGUGUCAGUGACUUGUGGGAACAUCGACUAUCUGUGACCUUAGCCAUUUACCAUUAG